AUGUCGACUCCCAUCUCCUUCAAGGUCUUCAACAAGCCAGCAACAAAACGUGGCAUGUUGCAAACAAAGGUCACACCCAUUGAGAAUCCCCGAAUCAAGGCAGCCCUUCGUCCACCUACCGCACCUCACAUUCCCAAUAUCAUCCCCCUUCCGCCAAUCUAUCCACGCCAGCACUUGGACACUUCUAAUCUGUAUUGA